GGCUGGAGCUGCUUUUGACGGUGAAGACAGACUCAAAGACCACCAGUGUUCUCGGACACACGGUGAUGAUACGCUUAUUAUUUUUACCAAGUGGACUUUUCUGGUGACUUUAGCCGCUGGUCGCCUAUAUUUAAUCUCCUAUAUUUAACCUUGCUGCGAAGAUGAAGUUCAAACCAGGCAACGGUCAGGUGCAAGCCGCAUCCCAUGGAGCCCUCUACUUCUCGGUCUCAAACGUCGGUCAAUCCGAUGCACCACUUCCUUGUGUUGCGGCCCCAGUUGAUGGAUUCUGACAUGGACUAUGAGAGGCCAAACGUUGAGACUAUCAAGUGUGUGGUUGUAGGGGACAACGCUGUUGGGAAGACCCGCCUUAUCUGUGCCCGGGCCUGUAAUGCCACACUGACUCAGUACCAAUUGCUUGCUACGCAUGUACCCACUGUCUGGGCCAUAGACCAGUACAGAGUUUGCCAGGAAGUUCUGGAGCGUUCUAGGGAUGUGGUGGAUGAGGUCAGCGUGUCGUUGCGACUCUGGGACACGUUCGGGGACCAUCACAAGGACCGACGCUUUGCAUAUGGAAGGUCGGAUGUGGUGGUUCUAUGUUUCUCCAUCGCCAACCCCAACUCCCUGUACCAUGUGAAGACCAUGUGGUACCCUGAGAUCAAGCACUUCUGCCCCCGGGCUCCAGUCAUCUUGGUGGGCUGCCAGCUGGACCUGCGCUAUGCUGACCUGGAGGCAGUCAACAGGGCACGACGGCCACUAGCAAGACCGAUUAAAUCCAAUGAGAUUUUGCCUCCAGAGAAGGGCCAUGAGGUGGCCAAAGAGCUGGGAGUGCCAUACUACGAGACCAGUGUUGUGGCUCAGUUUGGAGUAAAGGACGUAUUUGAUAACGCCAUCCGGGCCGCCCUAAUCUCACGGCGCCACCUGCAGUUCUGGAAGUCUCACCUGCGCAAUGUGCAGCGGCCCCUCCUCCAGGCCCCCUUCCUACCUCCCAAACCCCCCCCUCCCAUCAUCACUGUACCACCUCCCCCCACCACCACUGAGGAGCAUCCUGGCCGUCUUCUAGAGGACCCCCUGUGUUCCGAUGUCAUCCUGGUCCUACAGGAGAAGCAGAGAAUCUUCGCCCACAAGAUCUACUUGGCCACGUCCUCCUCCAAGUUCUAUGACCUCUUCAUCCUGGACGCCCGACCUGAGGAGACUGAGCGGCCCACACGCGCCACCGCUCUGUCUGGCCGCGAGAUGCUGAUGCGUGCUGCAAGCUUCGAUGUGUGUGACAGCCCUGACGAGGGCGACAGGGCCAACCUGCGGGCCUGCACCAGUGAUGGCACACUGAGGGACUCUGAGGGGGGCCGGAGGGGCAGACUGCUGUCUACCUUGAGCAGAGCUUUUGUCAGCAUCCAGGAGGAGCUAGUGGAUGACCCGGUGACCUACAGCCCCAGGCCUAUGACCGUGGUGUACAUGGACCAGUCCAUGCAGCUGGGGCCCUUCCGCGCUGUGCUGCGCUACCUGUACACAGGCCAGCUGGACGAGCACGAGAAGGAGCUGAUGCACAUCGCACACAUUGCUGAGCUACUGGAGGUCUUUGACCUGCGCAUGAUGGUGGCCAACAUUCUUAACAACGAGUCCUUCAUGAACCAGGAAAUCACCAAAGCCUUCCAUGUACGGCGCACCAACAGAGUCAAAGAGUGCUUGGCCAAAGGCACCUUCUCUGAUGUAGUGUUCAAGCUGGAUGAUGGAACGAUCAUGGCCCAUAAGCCCCUGCUCAUCUCCAGCUGUGACUGGAUGGCAGCUAUGUUUGGGGGGCCCUUUGUGGAGAGCUGCACCAAAGAGGUGCUGUUUCCCAACACGACUCGCAGCUGUAUGAGGGCUGUGCUGGAGUACCUGUACACUGGGCGCUUCUGUUCCCGCACUGACCUGGAUGCCAUGGAGCUCAUUGUUCUCGCCAACCGUCUUUGCCUCCCACACCUGGUUGCACUUACAGAACUCUACACAGUGACAGUAUUGAUGGAGGCUGCUAUGAUGGGGGCUGAUAUUGAUGGAGAUGUGCUGGUGUACCUGGAGAUGGCUCAGUUCCACUGUGCCCAACAGCUAAGUGGUUGGUGCCUUCACCACAUCUGCACCAACUAUAAUAGUGUGUGCCGCAAGUUUCCUCGAGACAUGAAGGCCAAGUCUACAGACAACCAGGACUACUUUGAGAAGCACCGAUGGCCACCAGUGUGGUUCCUGAAGGAGGACGACCACUACCAAAGAGCACGGAAGGAGCGGGACAAGGAGGACUUCCUGUACCAGAGGAGGCAGUGUAAACGCAAGUGGCUCUUCUGGAACCUUCCCUCUUCUCCCUCCGCCAACUCUUCCUCUUCUGGUUCCAAUGCUGUCAUCUGAUUGUCUCUCAGGGUACAGGCAAGGCCCACUGUGGGGAUGACUUGGGAAAGUGGAGCAUCAGCACUGUUGGCCAGACACUAGGCCCACUCAUUAAGGCCCUUCCGCCCGCCCUCCUUCAUUUCUGUUUUGCAUCUGCCGCCAAGCUACACUCUCCCGAGUUUGCAGGGUCAGCUAAAUCGAAUAAUGAACGAAAUUAGGCUCUUUCGUUUUUUAUGUUAGCAUAUCCUGUCUCAUUGCAAUGCAGAGACCAUGAAGCUAAAACCUUAAAGAUCAGUGACUUAAACCGUAAGAACAAGGCAAGGUAAAUGCUGGUGCAGGUGACUGCUCAAUAUGGUGUUGAUAUUCCUGCAUACACCACCAGGAGGAGAACUGAGGAAGUUAUGUUGGAGAUUUGCAUCAAGGUACAGAACUGUGAUCCUAAGCUCAUGCAUGAUAACUAUUGACUGACUUGCAUUGACAACCAAGUGCUUAUCAGCUGCAACAGACAAAUAGCAAAGACCAAUGACCAGCAAACCAACACAGAAAUCAAGUCUCAGUGAUACAACACUUUGCCCUUAAGUGUUUGUACAAUCUACCAAACCAGGAUGUGUACAGUACAAUUAUAACCACUCCUCAACCAGAAAUAUGAAUAAAAUGCAUUAGGUCUACAUUACGAUUAAUCUAUGAAUGUCAUGUAGGACAUCGUCUUAGACCAUCUGCCUAUUGGAAACCACUUUCUGUACAGAAUUACGUUUUAAAUGAAAAUAGUAGAGGUUUGACAAAUUGCAUAUUUGAAUGUUUAUAUACAACUUGCACAGCUGACGUUGAUAUGAGUGUAUACACAACCCCGGUGUUCUUGUGAUGCAGGGCUUAAAGUGCUGCGUCACUGCGACGGGUUUCCGUCAUAUGGAUGAAGCAUGCGGUUUGAUAAAAAA